AUGAGGCGCAGGAUCUGGUUCUGUUGCGUCAUUCUGGACAAGAUGUCAGCUGCGACCUUCGGAAGGCCUACGACUUUGCCAAGACCAUGGAAGACAAUGCCUCCCAAGGCGAUUGAUGACGAGUUUCUCCAAUAUGCAGGCGAAGGCUCCCAGCCGCUAGGUCUUCCUUCUUAUGUCGAAGGAUUUGUGUACUCUCUUGGCCUAUUCGAGAUUCUUGAUGAUGUUCUAGCCAUGUCUCACAACCCACAAGAAGAAGAUGAAGAAGAGCACGCUGAUGGUCAUAGGCACCAAGCUAGAAAAUCUAUGUCUAGACUUGUCGACACUCUGUCCCUUGAUUCACGGCUUGAGGAUCUAGUGAACAGCAUGCCAGAUCGCUUGAGGCUAUCAGAGACUCAUGAGAAUUCAUUAGCCCAUUCAAGGAACGCCUUCUAUGUGCAGGCCCAGGUGCUGCAUUGCAGGAUACACUACGUUCGCCUCCUUAUCCUUCGACCAUGGUUGCUUGAAGGAACUAGUUCUGACUUCCCUAUGUCACUUGGUGCUAGCACUCUUCGAGAGAUCCGUAGUCUCUGUAUCUUGACCGCGCAGCAGACUAUCGACGUACUUUAUAAGGCCGAGACAUGUCGUGCAAAUCAUUCGAGUUGGCACGCAGUAUGUUUUCUCUACACCGCUGCUAGCGUUCUUCUUGCGGCCGCUUUUCUUCCUAAAGCCAACGGAGGCAUCGAUCUGUCUUGCGAACCAUAUCUGAAUUCCUGGCAUAAAGCUCUACAGACUUUGAGACACAAUGAAGUGCAACUACAGGCUUGCUCACAGGCUGUGAAGUUGUUGGAGAGCUGUCGAGAGAAGCUUCGAUCUGAAGUUAUGAUUAGAGUCUCGGAAGAACCGCGGGGACAAGAUGCUGGAGGCGCACACAUGUCAAGCACGGACACCGAUAUUGAGUGGGCAUUUGAUUUCGAGAGUCUGGACUUUCUUAGGCCUAGUUACUGCUGA